CUCUAUACCAGAGUACAAAAUGAUGAAGAGAGAGAAGCUCCUCCAUCUCUCUAAACACCCAUCGCACUAUUAACACUAGAUAUGGAAUACCGGCACUUUGUACACCGCCGGAAUCCUCACUACGCUUUUCACACAAACUACCACUCAAAUCAACCACACAAUUAUAGAGAUCGGAACAUCAAUAGGAACCACCGACAACAAUGGUAUGCGUACCCCCAUUACAGACUCUCAGAUGGCAAAUUCACGACGAGCAAAAAGAAUUCCCCUAUAGCAGGUAAGAGUUUCUACCCCCAUCAGUGCCACAGUUCAAGUUUUUAUCCUACUUCAGGUUGUUAUCCAACCCGUCGAAAUAGACAUCCUCAGCCGUGGAGUCUCUCAAUUCGAGCACAGGCAGGAAGACUCUGCAAAACCUGCGAAACUCCAAAUGAGCACAGAACAAAACUUGAAUUCAAGUAUGGCCCACACCUCCACAAACAACAACGUGCUUAUCUUCAUCCUCAACAGGUACGGGCACUUCACCAAUACUCACCCGGAAGAUGGUUGGUGCACGAUAAACAGGGGACGAUGACACCCCUCUCACCCAAAUCAACACCCCUGACCCUACAACACAAAAACCCAGUAAACUCUUCGGCCGUUGGUAACACUAAUCGUUACCACUGCUUAGAACUCUUCGAUGAAAAUCCCAUUUCACCUCAACCCUUCGAUUCUAAUUUUAAAACAGUUCAGCCCCUCACCCCUAACCUUAAUCAGCUAAUUAGCAUGAAAAUCAACGGAAAUGGGGGAAAAUCCACAGAUGAAGAUUGAAAUCGUCGAUAUGGGAACUCAACCGCACCAGACUAUGGCACCCUAAACCGUAGGCCGGAAACCUCUUUGCCGGACGCCCGACAGACACCGCCGGAAAUUCGAACCCUUCCGGAGACUUGGACAGAAGCCCCAUCCGUUUCACAGGCGAGACGAGCGACUAAGUCCAGUGUAGAAGUGCAAAGUAUCGUACAGACAUCACUUGGAUCUUUCCCCUCCUUCACAUGGGCUGACCUCCUUCGGCCUGAAACACAUUAUGGUAAGGCAAAAACAGGACACGUUAUUUCUGACUCAGUCAGGGACCCGACAGAAUUAAUUCAGGGAGAAUUAAAUCAGGCAAGUCGAGAUGAUUUUUCCAAAGAUGCAGAAAAAAUUAAUUUCUAUGGGGAGGAGGGUUUUGAUUCCCUCAAAAAUGGAUCCACACUAUUCAGAUUUGCUGUCAGCAACGGAAAAAUUGAAAUUUUCCCAAUUAAAAAAUCUUUGCUAAAUAGGAUUUAUUUCAGCUCAUAGUUAGCGCCCAAUAUAUGCAGAUUUAUCAACCAACUCUCAAAUUUUAACUCUAGACAGAGCAGGAGGUUCGGUGAAAUCACGGUUACCUCAGAUUUCAACAUAGCAGGCCGAUACUUGAAAAUCGCUAAAGAAAAAGGGAGCUCUAUUCUGUUUCCCAUGGACGCAGAGAAUUCUAACCUAAAAGCCUUCUUGGCGGUGCUAUCUAAUUUAGUGGGAAUGACUACUUCGGUGCAGGAGGAUCUCACGCAUUUGGAGCAUGCAUCGGCAGCUAAUACCGAAGAAAUAACCAUCUCCAAACUAAUUUUUAACUUUGAAGUGCAGAAAGCCUAUGGCGAAAAGAAAGAGGCCCGUUCUUUUGAGAAACAACCACAAAUUCCACUUAUUCAGGCGUAUUCUGAUGCCUCGGAUAGCUUUGACCAUUCUGAUGAGUCUUUCUUCUCAGACGAUUUUCUAGGACAUGCAACCGAAAGUGAUCGUCGGCCUCCUAUAUCAAACCAGGAAGAAAUUGGGAAGUCCAAAUUCAACAGAAGGAUUUUCCGUAAAUCAAAGUUUGUCACCUCAGAAAACUGUCUGCCAACAGAGAACCUGAAUACGCAACUCAAACUUUACAGGAAAUCUCAGCAAAACAAAAGGCGACAUAGCAUGAAGACUAGAUCGCAGUCCAGAGAUUUUCCUUGGAUCUAGUUUUUGUUUUUUUUACUCUGUUUUUUUUUCUUCUAUGUACUUUUUUACAUUUAUUUCGCUUCUUGCAUAGUACUUUAAUUGUUAUGAAUAAAAUCUUCUUUUUCUAAAAAAAGCUCUGUACCAUUGUCGCUACGUACCACACGCACAUCCUUUUGAAAUUG